AUGGCAACCAUCUACAAGACCGGCGAGGAUGCUCGACUGGCAUGCCGCUCCGGUACCUUUGCGUCAACCACAGCCGGCCAAGCACCGACAUAUCUCCAAGCAAACCUCAUCGUCCUCCCACGACGAUACGCCGAUGACUUCCGUCUCCUCUGCCACCGUAACCCAGUACCGUGUCCCCUUCUCGCAGAAUCAGUGACUCCCGGCGACUUCAGCAAGCUCAAGUCCUACGUCAGAUCACCAGAUGGCGAGAAGAUUCUCCCCGUGGCGACGAACAUUGAUCUCCGCCACGACUCGCCCCGAUACCGAGUCUACGAGGACAGCAAACAUGUCCCAGUCAGCGACAUCUGGGAGCCCGUCAACGUGGAGGACAAGUGGCUUGCCGCUGACCACGUGGGCUUCCUGAUAGGCUGCUCCUUCAGCUUCGAGAGAGCCCUCAGCGAGUCUGGACUGACACCGCGACACAUGACGCAUGAUCGCAACGUGCCCAUGUACCGUACCAACAUCCCGCUCUGCGCGGCGGGCGUCUUUAAGGGAGCGACAUAUGUGGUCUCCAUGAGGCCGUACAAGGUGUCGGAGAUUGAGAAAGUGAGGGAUAUCACCAGGCCAUUCGUUGCAACACAUGGAGAGCCUAUCGCGUGGGGAUGGGACGGUGCGGAGAGGAUUGGCGUCACAGACAUCACGAAGCCCCACUGGGGUGAUCCAGCCCUACAGCUGGAUGGCAAGUCUGUGUUCGGACCCGAUGAUGAGGAAUACGUGCCUGUCUUCUGGGGGUGCGGGGUCACGCCACAAGAAGCUGUGAUGAGAGCCGAUAUAAAGGGCACGGUGAUGGGACACGCGCCUGGGCACAUGAUCAUCAUGGAUGUAAGAGAGGAUGAAAUCUUCCCAAUCUCAUAG